UGAGGCCCCUAUAACAAAAGACAGAUUAACAAGAGAAAAGCAUACAAAGUUAUUUAAUAAAUUUUAUGUGACGGGAGCCAUCAUAAGAAAGACCCGAAGACAUGGUUAAAUCUGUGUAUUUUUAUGCAAGGUUUAACGAAGAGUGGACAGUCGUGGAAAAAUAUGAUAGGAAAAAGAGAGUAUAAUCUAAUAGUAAUAAACUGAAGGAAAUUUAUCAAGGCCUGUUCAGAUUCUUCUCUGUGACCCUUCAUUUUCAGAGAUAAGGAUAUUCUUUUCAUAUAGGGAGGACAUGUCUCACAUCAGGGUCUUAUGACAUGCUUCAGGGGGAAUUCAGAAAGUCCUUCCUAAAUCCUAUGACCUGCUUUUGGGGGAGAAAGGUGGGAGAGGCUGAGAGUGGCCUUUCUGCCUCUGCAGUUUUCUCGGAUUCCUUUAGCUUAAAUUAUUCAAUAUGCCAAAGUGCCAUAUUUUGGGAUAGUGUGUCCUGAACCUCAUUAUCUGCACUUAAUAAUCACAGAGGGUUGUUGUUUUUACUUCCCUUCCUCCACUGGACUAUUCAUGGGAGAAGGCACCAUGUCUCUCGUAUUAGUGCCUGUACAGCAUGCAGUGUGAUGCCUGACCCAGUGUUGGCAAAAAUACUGAUUGGGUGAUGGGCCUAUAGCUUUAUUUUUCGUGACGGACCUACAAUACAUGUAUUAUCUGAAAAAGAAGACAAAUUUUAGAAAGGUUUCUGUUAUGAUAAUGUUCUCUAGUAAUCAGCCCAGUUUUCUAAUGGGUGAAUGGGAAGCAUACGUGAUAAAAUCUACAUAAAGGUAGAAGUAGAAACAUUUUUUUUCUUUUUGAAGGGAGAUUAUGUCCUUUCUCCCAACUCCAUUCCAUUUUAUGAUACUUGGGUUGUGUGAUUCUGUCUUGUGGAAAUAGAGUCUGCACAAUCUUUUACCUGCAUAAAUAGAAAUGAAAUGUACUCUGUCACUCUGUCAUGUCCUGUGGUUUGCUUAACGUGAUUUGGUGUCUUGGCUCUGCUGCACGUGGUGCUGGUUAGCUAUAGAUACACAAGGAAUAUCAGGUUUGAAGGGAAGUAUUGAAAUGAGAGCUGAUUUUGGUUUUCCCUUUUCCUCCCACCUACUCUCCUCAGGUGUAACUUUUUUAUGCCUUUGUACAAUUUAAAUGCUUUAAAGCUGGGGCAAGUGACACUGCACAUGUAAUAUUAGCAUUUUCUAAGUAUGCCAAAUAUAUUAAAAAUUGGCAGAAAAAGUGCUUACAAAAAUAAAAAGAGCAUAAUAGUUUCCUUCUGGCUUGCCUGAAAUGGAUAUUUUAGUUAUCAGUUCAAAUAUUUGGAAAUCGUAAAACCUAUCAAAUUUUCUAAUGACAUAGCAUAUGGAGUAGAAAGUUACUGAAAGUUGGGUUAGAGGCUAAUUUUGCUGCAAAUCACAUAUGUAGAAUUAUGGAUGUCUAGAAGUAUGUUUAUGUUCAUCAGUAUAUGUGUAUAAGAUAAUUUGAAAGUAUUUAGAAGCAGUUAACAGCUAUGUAAAAUAGAGCAUUUUUAUUUAAAGCAAUUCUGAUAGAAUAAGGAUGGAAGGAAGAAAAUUUUGGUAGAAUUUAGCUGGUUUCUAGGGUCCAGUGGAAGAGAAAACUACCUCAGAAAAAUGAGGAAUGUGCCUGCAGACUUAAAGCUGAGUUUGAAUGUGUAAAUUUUUCUUAGAGCUGAGCAGUGACUAGGAAGCAAGUUUGUGCUUUUCCCUUAUGCACUGUUAGUCCUAUUAAUGAAUAGCAGCAGGUGACUGGUAGUUUUCUGAGCUGAAGAAGCGUUGUUGUGCGUGGGAUCUAGAAAGUCAGGUUUAAGAAAAAGAUGUCAGUGACUUAAGACCGGCGUCACAUGACUCCCUCUACUUGCCGACACUGAGGCUGUGGAUCAAAUUUCAACUCCAGGCAGUCCUCCCAGCCAUGUGGGUUUAGCCGAAUAAAAAGCAAAACCACACUUCCUAACAUGUUAGGAGCUGCUCUAAGCUUACUGUGGGGCCUUUGGAUCGAGGAGCUGUUUUUCAAAUCAGAGCAUAUCUACUGAAUGGAAUUUUAGUGUUUUGCUGUCAUUUUGAUGUUUUCAUCUGGCCUUCAUCAGUUCCUCCAAACACUUCCUGAGAGAAUGGGGGCAGGAGCUCUAGCCAUCUGUCAAAGUAAAGCAGCAGUUCGGCUGAAAGAAGACAUGAAAAAGAUAGUGGCGGUGCCAUUAAAUGAACAGAGGGAUUCUACCUGUAAGAAAUUAUUUGGAGUCAGUCUCCAAGAACUUCAUCAGCAGGGGCUCACUGAGAAUGGUAUUCCAGCCAUUGUGUGGAACAUAGUGGAAUACUUGACCCAGCAUGGACUCUCUCAAGAAGGCCUUUUUAGGGUGAAUGGCAACGUGAAGGUGGUGGAACAGCUGCGACUGAAGUUUGAGCGUGGAGAGCCCGUGGAGCUCGGGAGAGACGGCGACGUCUGCUCAGCAGCUAGUCUGUUGAAGCUCUUCCUGAGGGAGCUGCCAGAUGGGGUGAUCACCUCAGCGUUACAUCCUCGAUUCGUGCAGCUCUUUCAGGAUGGCAGAAAUGACGCUCGAGAGAACAGCUUAAGAGACUUAAUAAAAGAGCUGCCAGACACCCACUACUGCCUCCUCAAGUACCUUUGCCAGUUCUUGACAGAAGUAGCCAAGCAUCACGUGCAGAAUCGCAUGAACGUUCACAACCUUGCCACUGUGUUUGGGCCAAAUUGCUUUCAUGUGCCAUCUGGGCUUGAAGGCAUGAAAGAACAGGACCUUUGCAACAAGAUAAUGGCUAAAAUCCUAGAAAAUUAUAAUACCCUGUUUGAAGUAGAGUAUGCAGAAAAUGAUAAUCAGAGAUGUGAAAAACUGGCUAGGCUUAUCAUAGUAAAAGAGGCCAGUUGUAAGAACUCUCUACCCAUCAUUUUAACAAAGGGCUUAGAAAGAGACAUGCCCAAACCACCUCCAAAAAUCAAGAACCAUGAAGUAUUGCCAAACAACUACUCUUGUGUUUGCUUUAAUAUGGAGAGGGAACUAACUCUAAAUAUCCCAAAGUCCAGGAGUGAAGGGUCUAUUCAGGCCCACAGGCUGCCACAACCAGAGCUAUCUGAUAGCAUUCCUCAGGUCAGCCUGUGGCUCCGUCGUAGAAAACCCUGCUUGGAAGAUGUGAAUCUGGCAGAGGAUGCAAGUGGUGCCAAGUUGGUGUCCAGUUCACAGGAAGAUGAAAGACCUAUGUCACCCUUCUAUUUAAGUGCUCACGUCUCCCAAGUCAGCAAUGUUUCCACAACUGAAGAACUCUUAGAAAGAACCAUCCGGUCAGCUGUAGAACAGCAUCUUUUUGAUGUUAAUAGCUCUGGAAACCAAAGUCCAGAGGACUCUGAGUCUGGGACGUUAUCAGCAUCUUCCACCACAUCUGCCAGGCAGCGGCGACGCCAGGCCAAGGAGCAGGAUGAAGUUCGAUGUGGUAGAGACAAGGGACUUAUCAACAAAGAAAAUAUUCCUUCUGGAUUCAACAACCCUGAUGGUUGUAUUUCGAACACUCAGGAAGUCGAAAAAUUACAUGAAAAUACUUCCGGUUAUAUUGGAGAAAGGAGCAAACCUAAACGUCAGAAAUCCAGUACUAAACUUUCUGAGCUCAAUGAAAAUCAAGAUGGUAUUGUGAAUAUGGACAGUCUCAGUUCUACACAGUCUCAGGAGAGGACUGGACCUGGUGAUGUUGAACGGAUGUCUGAUGAAAGCAAAGAAAAUGAAAAAGAUGGUGGAUAUACCCAGCAUUUUGAGAGCCCCACGAUGAAGAUCCAGGAGCAUCCAGGCAUACCUGACACCAAACAGCAGAGGAAUCAAGAUGCCGAUGACCAGCAGGAGAGCUUUGUCUCCGAGGCGCCCCAGCUGGACCUGACUGCAUUGUGUGAUGAGAAGGGCUGGGAAGAGCCCACGCCCGAGAUCUCCUCCUGGCACAGGGAGGGCGGCGCCCCCGAUGAAGCUCACCUGUCCCCGCAGGCCGGGCGGCUGAUCCGCCAGCUGCUGGACGGGGACAGCGACCCCAUGCUCUCCCCUCGCUUCCACACUUACGGGCAGAGUCGGCAGUACCUGGAUGACACGGAAGUGCCCCCUUCCCCCCCGAACUCCCAUUCUUUCACGAGGCGGCGAAGCUCCUCUCUGGGGUCCUACGAUGACGAGCAGGAGGACCUGACACCCGCCCAGCUCACACGGAGGAUUCAGACCCUGAAAAAGAAAAUCCGGAAGUUCGAGGACAGAUUUGAAGAAGAGCGGAAGUACAGACCUUCCCACAGCGACAAAGCAGCCAAUCCUGAGGUUCUGAAGUGGACAAACGAUCUCGCCAAAUUCCGAAAACAGCUGAAAGAGUCAAAGCUCAAGAUCUCUGAAGAGGACCUCACUCCCAGGAUGCGGCAGCGAAGUAACACGCUCCCCAAGAGUUUCGGUUCCCAGCUUGAGAAGGAAGAUGAGAAGAAGCAAGAGCUGGUGGACAAAGCAAUGAAGCCUAGCAUCGAAGCCACGCUCGAGUCUAUCCAGAGGAAGCUCCAGGAGAAGCGAGCGGAGUCCAGCCGGCCUGAGGACAUUAAGGAUAUGACCAAAGACCAAAUUGCUAACGAGAAAGUGGCUCUGCAGAAGGCCCUGCUGUAUUACGAGAGCAUUCAUGGCCGGCCGGUCACAAAGAACGAGCGCCAGGUGAUGAAGCCGCUGUAUGACAGGUACCGGCUGGUGAAGCAGAUCCUGUCCCGAGCCAACACCAUACCCAUCAUCGGUUCCCCCUCCAGCACGCGGAGAAGCCCUUUGCUGCAGCCCAUUAUCGAGGGCGAAACUGCUUCCUUCUUCAAGGAGAUAAAGGAAGAAGAGGAGGGGUCGGAAGACGACAGCAACUCGAAGCCGGACUUCACCGUCACCCUGAAAAUGGACUUCAGCCCACGCUGCUUUCUGGACCAAUUUGAAGACGAUGCUGAUGGCUUCAUCUCGCCGAUGGAUGACAAAAUGCCAUCAAAGUGCAGCCAGGACACGGGGCUUUCGAACCUCCACGCCGCUUCAAUACCUGAACUCUUGGAACACCUUCAGGAAAUGAGAGAAGAAAAGAAAAGAAUCAGAAAGAAACUUCGUGAUUUUGAAGACAAUUUCUUCAGACAGAACGGAAGAAACGUCCAGAAGGAAGACCGCUCCGCCAUGGCCGAGGAGUACGGCGAGUACAAGCACAUCAAGGCGAAGCUGCGGCUGCUCGAGGUGCUCAUCAGCAAGGGCGACGCGGGCGCCACGUCCGCCUGAGCGGCCCCCGCGGCCUUCCCUGGACGCCCGCUCUCGGCCAGCCGUGAGGAGGCACGCUCGGGAUGUCGCAGAGCGGCCGUCCCGGGACCUCGGCGCAGGGCCGCGCCUUCCCCGCUCGCAUGACUCGCUUUCCCCUUCCGCUCUCAGGGAGACGGACGCGCCUCUGCCCGCGGGCGCAGCUCCCGGGCGUGGUUCUCCCAGACUCGCUCAGCUGCUGAGCAGCGCCCACCCCGGCGAGGACCGGCUCGGCUGCGGAGGGACAGUGUCGCAGCAGGCUUUGAAAUCAGGCGACAGGGAAGAGCCUGGAGGUUCCUUCCUGAACCCCGAGCGCGCUCCCGCCUCCAGCCUGACACCAGACACGAGCGGCAGACGGAGGCCUCGCUCAGCUCAGCCCCAGCGCACGGGCUCCUGAACGCUGCCAGAGUUUAAUUUUUUUUAAAAAUAAUAAUUCUGCACUAAAAGCCCCACACUGAUGGGUGAAUGUAGCCCGCAGAGCUGAGCCCGAGCAGAAUCUGAAUCCUACCGUCGUCAAGAGUAUGUAUGAAAAGGAAAAAUAACGGUGUGUGGCCAAUGACGAUUUUCUCAAAGACUCGGUCGCAAAGCUGUCUAUAUUAGACGUUUUGCAGGGACCAGGGAAUCUAAGACACCAAAUCGUUCGUCUCUUCGGUGUGCUCGGUGCCACUCUGUGACGAGUUGGUACUUCUCACCAUUCUGUCCACACGGACGAAAGUGGCUCCGGGUCCCCUGUGCGUCGGGCACCGGCAGCCCGGCAGGGCUGCCCUCCUGCGGGUUCUGAGAGCUGCCUUCAUUUUAAUAAAAAAGAGAACGUACCACCCUACUGACCAGGUGUCAGUUUUGAAACUGGGUCUUGAGAACCUGGCUGGUCAGACGAUUCACAGCAGCGUCUCCUGUUGCUGCGCGCGGCAGCGGUCCUCCUCUGUCCGUUGAAAACUGAGCCGGGAGUGGGGGAGAGAAUGCCUUCAAGUUUGCUCUUAAAAAUAAUCACACAGAAGCAUGAGCUGUGGGUUGAAAGUACCCCGGUUUUAAUCCACACACUUUAAAGACGGUACAUAAUCCUACAGAUCUAGAUGUAUAUAAGAAUAUAGUUUGGAAUCCUUUGCUCUACUGUUUACAUUGCAGAUCGCUGUCAUUUCAGAGGAGUGAUAUUAUAAAUAAAACGAUGCACUUUAGGACAUUUUCUAUUUUUGAAAACAUCAUCAAUCAUUCACAUGACCAAAAAUUGUGUUUUUUUUAAAGAAAUACAUGUCUGGUCUGUCUUUUUAAAAUAAUUGUUCUCUUAAAUAAGCUAUGCUAUAAAUCAAAUCAUUACCAGUUAAAUUUUAAAGCACAUCUGUUUAAGAGUAUUUCUUUUGGAAAAAAUAUGCUACAGAUUUUUUUUUUUAAGCUCCAUAUAAAUAAGAAGCUACUAAAUGUUUUGAAAUCUGUUGUUUCUGCCAAAGGUAAAUCAAAAGAUUUAUUCAGGAAUCUCCAUUCAAAUUUGUAUGAUCCAAUAAAAGGAAACACCAAGUAAUAGUAAAAUAAAUUUUGUAUGCAA